UGGAGGGUCCCGGUGAGUACUGAAGCAGGGAAAUAAGACGAGUAGGGCUUAAGUACAGUUACUAGUAGAGAUUCAGUAGGUGGGGUUGGAUGCCAUGUGACUGAAAGCCUAUUAUUUAUUGUAUUCCUUGACCCCUCCUCAACCACUCUUCCUUUCCCUUUUUCACCACAAUCACCCAUCUCAAUUCCACCAAUUCCUCAUUUACUAUCACUGCAACUCGUUCGGUACGGCUCACCAUGGGGGCCGCGCAGCCAGAAUGACCUUCUGGGUCGUUUCGCUAUGGGUUAAUUUAACCUACACGGGUCAAGGUAUCGUACAUAGUAUAACAGUCAUAGCUCGCGCAUGACAGGUGUUCGUCUUGGACCUGCCCUGGUUACCUGGCUAUCCUUCUACUUCAUGCUGUCCCUGCGUGUCUGCCUCUCUUGAAAGGGUGGAUCCCUCGAGGGAGACGCGAGACGAAGGGCGAAAGCUGAGUGAAUGUGUACCAGGUGUACGAGGCAGAGUUCGGUCGUUCUGAGAUUAUACUGUCAUAACUUGAUCUAGAUAAUACUAGCGAAAGGACAUGCGUGGCAUUGAUUGUUCCCCUUUAUUCUCUUGUUACAGAAGAGGGACUUCGGUCCCCCAUUACUAACAUGUUUCAGAGCUCUUGAUCUAAAUUUGUGCCAAGAUGUCUACUGACAAGAUUACCUUCCUCACCAACUGGCACGCGACACCGUACCACGCCCCCCUGUACCUCGCUCAGAGCAAGGGUUACUUCAAGGAAGAAGGGCUGAAGGUUGCUCUGCUGGAGCCCAAUGACCCCUCCGAUGUCACUGAGAUCAUUGGUAGCGGCAAGGUCGACAUGGGCUUCAAGGCCAUGAUCCAUACGCUGGCCGCCAAGGCUCGUAACUUCCCUGUCACCUCGAUUGGCUCUCUUCUUGAUGAGCCUUUCACAGGUGUGGUAUACCUCAAGGAUAGCGGAAUCACCGAGGACUUCCGCUCUCUGAAGGGCAAGAAAAUUGGCUACGUUGGAGAGUUCGGAAAGAUUCAAAUCGACGAGCUCACCAAGUACUACGGCAUGACUGCGGACGACUACACUGCCGUCCGUUGCGGCAUGAACGUCACCAAGGCCAUCAUCCGUGGUGACAUUCAUGCCGGUAUUGGUUUGGAGAAUGUGCAGAUGGUUGAACUGGCCGAGUGGCUGGCAUCCCAGAACCGUCCGCGUGACGACGUUCAGAUGCUCCGCAUCGACCAGCUCGCCGAGCUCGGCUGCUGCUGCUUCUGCUCCAUCCUCUACAUCGCCAACGAUGCCUUCCUGGCCGCCAACCCCGAGAAGGUUCAGAAGUUCAUGCGUGCUGUCAAGCGUGCAACCGAUUAUGUCCUCGCAGAGCCUGCAGCGGCCUUCGAAGAAUACGUUGACAUGAAGCCCAUUAUGGGAACUCCUGUCAACCGUAAGAUCUUCGAGCGGUCUUUCGCCUACUUCAGCCGUGACCUGAAGAACGUUAGUCGUGACUGGGCUAAGGUCACCAACUACGGAAAGCGUCUGGGUAUCCUUGACGCCGACUUCCAGCCUAACUACACCAACCAGUACCUUUCCUGGACGUUGGAUGCGGAUUCGACCGACCCUCUGGGUGACCAGAAGCGUAUGGCGGAACUGCAGAAGCAGGUUGCUUGCGAUGGUGGCUUCAAGCGUCUGCAGGUGGCCUCUAGCGCAUAAGCAGCUGUGACAACGUCUUUGAGGUCUGAUUGGUAGGCUUAUGCGUUGUUAGUCGUACGAUCCUAUGCAGAAUAAAUGGCUUAUCAAGUCUGGAAGUG